GCCUCUCCUUCCCAAAUCGCUCUAUUCCCCUCGUCGUCUUCGCUCUGAGCCUGUGCGUAAUGGUAGAGAAGAAAAAGAAAAUGAACUCUCUGGUGAAGUGGGCGCUCAUUCUUCUGGUCCUGUUUUCAGUGAUUCUUAACAUUGUCCUGAUUGGAAUCCACUCCAGCAGGACCCCCAAAUGUGCCGCACAACGCGUCCAUCUCUUGCAAGGAAAACAUGACGAACGCAGCACCAUAUUCGCGGACCUGACCCGGGACGAGUAUCUGCAGGUCCAACAGUACAUGCUGAAGCAGAAAGACUUGGAUAUAUCCACCAAGCAGACCACCGAGCCGUCGCAGAAUUUCUUAUUCUUAAUAGACCUGUCUCUGCCGAAGAAAGCGGAGGCUCUGGCUUAUCUGGAAGGAAAAGGAUCCAAGCCAAAGAGAGAAGCAACCGUGGUUGUGUUUUACGGCGCCCGGGGCUACAUCAAGGAAUACGUGGUGGGACCGCUGCCUAAUCCAACGACCCACACAGAUGUCACCGUGAAAAGGUACAAGAAGGAGCUGCCUAUCAACGCGCGCACCGUCACCAUGGGGGAGUACACCUUACUCUUCAAGUUCCUCACCGAUGAGGUGUUCUCUAAGCUACCCACGCUGCUGAAAGAAAGCUUCGAUGUGGAUGAGAACAAGUACCUGAACUCAUUCGAGCAGAUGCCCCGUGGAGUCCGGACCGGGGAGAGAAGAACCUGGAUCUCCUUCUUCAGGAACAUGAGUGGCAUGUUCCUCCACCCCGUGGGCUUCGAGGUGCAGGUGAACCACGAGAGCGUCAACGUGUCUGACUGGAGAGUGGAGCGGCUGUUUUAUAACGGACAGUAUUUCGACACCGUGGAAGAAUUGAAGGAGAAGUACAAACUGGGAUUUGUGAAGAAGAUUGUUUACCAAGAGUCUCCUGAUUACGGCUCCUUGAAACCGAAGCACAAGCCUCUGCAGAUCGGUCCGCAGCUGUUUUACGCAGAGGGAAAGCGCUACAGUGUGCGCAAAAACCACGUUCUGUACAUGGACUGGAGCUUCGCCUUCGGACUCAGCGCUCAAACAGGCAUGAGGGUGUUUGAUGUUCGACACAAGAACCAGAGGAUCCUGUACGAGCUGAGCGUGCAGGAGGCCAUGUCCGUGUACGGCUCUGCGACCCCGGGGAUGAUGAUGACCAAGUUUCUGGACUCGAGCCUCGGAAUCGGACGAUCCGCAUAUGAACUGGUCCGUGGUGUGGAUUGCCCCCACGAGGCUACGUACGUGGACACAUACCAUUAUGUAGACAUGUCAGGACCGGUCAAGUUUCGGAACUCAAUCUGCAUCUUUGAGCAUAACAUGGGCCAGCCGCUGCGGAGGCACUUGGCCGAUUUUUUUCACAGCAGUUACGGAGGGAUGGUGAACAGCGCACUGGUGUUAAGGACUAUCACCACCAUUGUCAACUACGAUUACGUGUGGGAUUUCAUCUUCUACCAGAGCGGCUCCGUGGAAGCCAAAGUUCACGCCACCGGUUACAUCUCCUCCUCUUACCUGGUGGACGGCAGUCUGAAAUACGGCCAUCAGGUGGCACAAAACGUCCUGGGCAACAUUCACACACACUUCAUGAACUUCAAAGUGGACCUGGAUGUGUUGGGAGUGAAGAACAUAUUCCAGACUAAAGACAUGGAGUAUGCCAAUGUAUCCCUUCCAUGGAUGCCAGCGCACUAUGCCAUGGUCCCUCACCUGGUAGAGAAACAACUCAAGACUGAACAGGAGGCAGCUCUGCGUUAUGACAGGAAGACGCCUCGCUACCUCCACAUCGCCAGUAAUGAGACUAACUGUUGGGGUCACCAGCGCUCCUACAGACUGCAGGUGUUCGGCUUUCCCGGGGACCAUCUCCCAGAGAACCAGGCUGAGGAGCGCUCCAUGUCCUGGGCCAGUUGGGCCUGCACAUGCAUCUGCAUAUGAACAGCAUUUUGGGUUACUAAAAAAGGAGAUAAAACACACACACUGUUGUUUUGUGUAAUAUGCAUACACCUGUUUAUAUCUAUGCCUGAAUCUGUAUCUAUAUUACCUUGUUGGGGACAAUAGAUAACAGAAGAACUAAAACAAAAUGAAUAAACAGAAAGCAACUUUGAUAUCAUGUAAUGUAAUGUAACGUAAUUUCUAGUGUCAUUAUCAGCAGUGCCCAAGAAUUGUGCAAUCAGUGCAUCUCUAAUUUAUACAUUUUCAAUUUUUUUAUUUCAUUACAGUCUUAUGUUUGCAGGAGGACAAAUUAAACCAAGUCAACUUUAAUUUGGCAAUGUUAAAUUAAAGUUAAUUGGGCACCUUCCACGUGGUUUACUACCUCGCUGACAUGUCUAUAUCUGACAUGCCAGCAGGUGGCAGCAUGACUCGGGAAGUCACCAACACUAAAUACGUAAUAAAUACUUGGACCUAGAAAUACUGCAGUUGGGCAGUGACACACUCUUCAUGAUUUAGGCUCUGCAUGCCACCACUCUGGAAUUGAAAUUAAACAACUUAGAUGCAAUUGAAGUGCAGACUUUCCGGUUUAAUUCAAGGGCUUGAACAAAAACAUCCUAUGAAACAUUUAGGAAUUGUAACCAUUUAUGCAAAAGUUGUUUCUCAAUAUCAAGGUCACAGGGUACAGUCUUGGUAGGAAUGGUCCCAGAGAAUGAAACUCCUAAGAACGCAAGUUUCCGCCAUCAGCUCCUUACCGUAUUCUCAACAUCCACCAAAAUAUGUCACUCCAUUUGAUUUAAAUACAUUUACACAUACAUUUUGUAUAGUCUUCAAAACUGGAUAAACAAAUAUUAUUGAAUCCCAUAUCAUAAUAAUAAAGAUGUGUUUUCUCACUAUUCUGUCUCUUGUGGGUGUUCCAACAUUGUAUCACACCAUCUUGUGACAGUCAUCUACUCAAUAAAACAUUUCUGAAUUAAGUUGUCAGAGAAGCCACUAUUGAAUUUAAGAGUAAACUGACAGUAGGAUGAAAUGCAUCUCGGGAUAUUUACCUGCCAAGUCUAC